AAAAGUCUAGAGUCGAGUCAUGGCUAAGAACCAGCAGACUCUAGCUCGGUUUCUAUUUUCUCUUGGUUUGGUUUUGGCUGUCUUACUUUAUGUUGAUGGUAAAGGAGACAGUCGCAGCAAUGGUCAUAAUAAUGGUCAUAACAAUGGCCAUGCGAGGAGGAGAGGAAGAUGGGAGGGUAAGCUGAAGAUGAAAUUCUAUCACAAGACCUGUCCUGAAGCCGAGGAUAUCGUGAACGAGAUCGUGUCCGAGAAAGUCAAAGCAAGCCCUAGCUUAGCUGCCAAGUUACUGAGGGUUCAUUACCAUGACUGCUUUGUUAGGGGGUGUGACGCAUCACUGUUUUUAGAUUCGGUUGCUGGCAAAGCCGCGUCAGAGAAGGAAGCGAGACCUAAUCUCUCGCUUGUAGGGUUUGGAAUCAUCGAUGAGAUCAAGUCAGUUCUUGAAAAACGAUGUCCCAAAACCGUCUCCUGCGCUGACAUUCUCACGCUAGCCGCCCGCGAUGCCGUCUCGUACCAAUAUGGUCGGCCGCUAUGGAAUGUAUUUACCGGACGUGUUGAUGGAAGAGUUUCAUUGGCGACUGAGGCCACCAGAGACUUGCCGUCCGCUGGGGCAAACUUCACCUCUCUACAGAAACUCUUUGCCGAGAGCGAUUUGGACGUCGUUGACCUCGUUGCUUUAUCAGGAGCGCACACAAUAGGAACAGCACGUUGCGGUGUGUUUAGUCGGAGACUGUUGAACUUCACCGGAAAAGGGGACACAGAUCCUUCCCUGAACUCUAGCUACGCCUCUUUCCUCAAAUCCAAAUGCUCAGACAAAUCUCAAAGACUCAACUCUACCGCAGUGGUCGGAAUGGACCCCACAGGAGCACUCUCCUUCGACAGUGGCUACUUCGUAUCUCUCCUACAACACAAAGGACUCUUCACCUCUGACGCUGCCUUGUUGACUGAUCCCUCAGCCGCUCACAUUGCUAGUGUUUUCCAAAACUCUGAAAGCUUUCUUGCUCAGUUUGGUCGGUCUAUGAUCAAGAUGAGCUCCAUCAAGGUCCUUACACUUGGAGAUGAAGGUGGUGAGAUUCGCAGAAACUGUCGCGUUGUCAACUAAUAAAAUCACCUUGUACCC